AUAAAAUCUAUAUAUGUUUACAUAUUCUCAAUGUUUACAUUUUAGACUUUCCAAGAGCCAGCUUUUAAGAGGAUAUGAGAAGUGAAAGAUCCCUUGUGUUACUUGGAGUUGUUUUCCAAGUGUGAGAAGCACGACAGGAGAAAGUAGCUUCCUACAUGGAACUGAGCAGCCGCCCCAACAACCCGCCCUUGUAAUGAUUUAAUUAAAAAUAAAUCCCUGUCGUAGCUUAAAACGUGUGCAUGAAAUGCCCCUUUAAAGUCAAACGGAAGACUUUAGAUGUUAUUAGAGGCAGAAAUGGGUCAAAUAUUCUUCGGGUUGUCCUGUCACCUGCCAGAUCUGUCCUCUGUAAGGAGAUGAAGCUCCCCAGCAGAGCGCUCAAGCCUCCCUCUCCAUCUGACUUUCUGGACAAACUGAUGGGGCGAACAUCUGGCUACGACGCUCGUAUCAGGCCCAAUUUCAAAGGUAAAAGCGCUGCGGUGUGAGCAGCCCGUUUGUGAAGCGAUGCGAGCAGCCAGGGAGCACAAAAUCACUCACAGACUAACAAAGAGUGGGGAGAUUUCUGCAGGCGAGGAUGUUUUCUCCUUAAUCGUGGCUUGUGACUGUUCUCCCCGCUGACCCACAGCCUUGAGUUAGGAUUCUCUUUUCUUUUCCAUCACGUUUUUACUCUGUCACAAGUGUGCAGUCAUCCUUGCAUGUUACCCCACAGGCCUAUUUCAGUCCAGUCCUGAGCAGCGUCUGUGAGUGAAGCCAGCAGAUUCCCUCUGACAUGCUUCGCCUUUAGCCUCCAGGGUCGAGAUUCAUAUUUAUUUCAUGUUUGCUCCGCACCCCCCCCGUCAGUGCAUGCUGGGUAAAUCUCCCACCGAUUAGCUAUAAAUACACUAAUGUAACUAAAGCAGAAUCAAUAAAUUAUUGCAUCUGGAAAAGAGCGGUUGAAAUAUUUAUCCCGUCAGUGGGCCGCAGAUGGAUUACACCAACGGGAGUGUACCAGGAAUGACAACAUAAUAAGAUGUGCCUGUUUAGUCCCGUAACAUGGCCCCGACGUGGAGGUAACAAGCAGAUGUUACUUUGGAGGAAAGCUAUGCUUCUUGUCGGUCCCGGUAAUUUGUGUGUUCUGCUUAGAAAACAUCGUUUCGUGUUUAGGGAAAGUGUUUUUCGGUGAUGUUUGGUGACGGUUUGCUUCUGUCAGGUCCUCCUGUCAACGUCACCUGCAACAUCUUCAUUAACAGCUUUGGAUCCAUCACUGAAACGACCAUGGACUACCGGCUAAAUGUGUUUCUACGGCAGCAGUGGAAUGACCCCCGACUUGCCUAUAAGGAGUAUCCAGAUGACUCCCUGGACUUAGACCCCUCAAUGCUGGACUCCAUCUGGAAACCCGAUCUAUUCUUUGCAAACGAAAAGGGAGCAAACUUCCAUGAAGUUACGACCGACAACAAACUGCUCCGGAUAUUCCAGAAUGGAAACGUCCUCUACAGCAUCAGGCUGACGCUCACUCUCUCCUGCCCCAUGGAUCUGAAGAACUUCCCCAUGGAUAGCCAGACAUGCAUAAUGCAGCUGGAGAGCUUUGGCUACACCAUGAACGACCUUAUUUUUGAGUGGCUGGAUGUCGGAGCGGUGCAGGUGGCCGAUGAUCUGACGCUCCCCCAGUUUGUGCUGAAAGAGGAGAAAGGUCUUGGUUACUGUACCAAGAACUACAACACAGGUAAAUUCACCUGCAUAGAGGUUCAAUUCUACCUGGAGCGUCAAAUGGGCUACUACCUGAUCCAGAUGUACAUACCGAGCCUGCUCACCGUCAUCCUUUCCUGGGUGUCCUUCUGGAUCAACAUGGACGCCGCGCCGGCCAGAGUGGGUCUGGGAAUCACCACGGUGCUCACCAUGACAACACAAAGCUCAGGCUCCAGAGCCUCUCUGCCAAAGGUGUCUUACGUCAAAGCCAUAGACAUCUGGAUGGCCGUGUGUCUCCUCUUCGUGUUUGCCGCGCUGCUGGAGUACGCAGCUGUUAACUUCGUUUCACGCCAGCACAAGGAGUUCUUCAGACUCAGGAAGAAGCUUAAAGAGCAGCAGCGGCAGCAGCAGCAGCAGCAGCAGCAGAGAGCUGGAAGCAGUGACGGUAAGGGGAAGGGAAACACCACGCCAGGAAACAAUGCUGCUCAUGGGAGCGCAACCCAGCGGUGCAGUGCCUGUGCCAGGGAAGAGGAGCUGGCGCAGCAAGGGUUUCUCCUCCAGAGCAUUGGACUCUCCCUGUCCAGCGCCCCGGAAAUGGACGCAACGCCGGUCUUCGCCGACUUGCCUCCCGGUUUAGGUUUUUAUGAAAUCCGGCGGCGUUUCGUGGAGCGGGCGAAGAGGAUCGACACCAUCUCCAGAGCCGUGUUCCCCAUGAGCUUCCUCAUGUUUAACGUGCUCUACUGGCUCACCUACAAAGUUCUACGGCACGAGGACCUCCAGUUCACUCUUUGACCACCGUGAUCACGCCAGGGACUUUUGAACGUGAAACGUUUGCAGACUGAGCGGCAUUUAUUGAGCCACGCAGAGGAUGUCGGACUGCAUGUGCAGUGCCACUGAAAAAUUCUAUCAUAAAACAAAUCGUGUGGGUUUUUCUUUUUAUUUUAUUUCUUUUGAUGAGAUUUGCACUUAAUUUGCACUUUGUAAGCAUUGCAUAUCAGAUUACAGUGUGUGUAUAACCUUCCUCUAUCACUUGUGUUUGGAUGCUGUAAAAUCAGGUCAGUACAUUUUACAGUGCACUUAUUCAACUCAAGGGCCCUCCACACUUGCUGGUACCCCUGGUAAACGUGUGCAAAAGCAAUAAAAUUUAUAUUGUAUUACAGUAGUAUAAUCUAACUAAUAUUUUAUUAUAAAUCCAAUCUUUAAUGUAAGAUCAAAAAAUAUCUCAAGCUGCAAAUUCUUCACCCAAACAAACGCUUGAGGGUUUGGCACAAAACAAAGGAUGACUAUUUUCUAAAAGCACCUCAUAUCCACUGUUAGGUACGGUGGAGGGUAAGUAAUGCUGUGGUAGAUUUCUCUAAUGAAGACUAAGACUUUGGCUGCAGGGCUGACAAUAAGUGUAACAUCAACCACUUUGUUCAAAAUGCAUUUAACACAUCUUCACAUCAUUUCUUUAUGCCGAACUUUCUUCACCCACUCAAUAGAUGCACUCAAAGGUUUGAUUUUUUUAAAUUUUUUUUAAUUUUUGUUACAUUGUUAUGUGAAGCUAUGCUGCAAUAGCAUAAUAAAUUUUAAGGUUUAUUAAACAUCAUCCACAGGACUGCCAGUAUUAGUGUGAAAUUGUUAUGUUUUGCCACUCAGUGAUAAAACUUAUAUAGCAUUUCUCAUAACCUUUAGGUUCACUUCUGCAGCGGUGCUGGUAUGGGCCUGGGAAUUUUAAUAUUUGUGAAAUACCUUAUGGAUUUAAACGAUUUGUUUUUAAAUGUUUGACUAGUUAAUUGGGAUAAUGUAUCAGUUCCAAAACUAAAUCCUAAAAGGAACUCUAUCUUUGUUAAAGACAAAACUAUAUAUGUCUCUUUAUAAAUAAAUAUUCACCCAGAGCAAUAAAUUUUUUAAAUCAAUUAAGUCCUGAAGUAUUAAAGAUAAACUAUGGCUCUGUAAGAGGCAAGCUUUGAAAAUGUGCAUCAUAUUUAGUUUCCACUGACACUGAACAAAUCAUUUUACUUGUAUUUUUAUAAAUAAAUCUGUCUCUUGAAACAUA